UAACAUAACUAAGAUGGCUCUUAAUCUCUUCUUCCCAUGCUCAGCUUGCUCACUGGCACCCUUGCACUCAAGUCUUGGGCCACUAAGAUAUCCAAAUGUUGCCAAAGCCAGUAGAAGCCUAGCAUGCCGUGUGAGUACUACUCAAGUCAUGGAGCAAUUGACUACUCGACGUUCGGGUAAUUACCUUCCAAGCAUUUGGGAUGACGAUUUCGUGCAGUCGUUAAGGAGUGAUUAUAAGGGUUACACAUACUUGGAACGAGUAGAGAAGCUAAAGGAAGAAAUGAGGCGUACUUUGCAAGAAGUUGGGAUGUUGAAUCAACUUGAGUUGGUUGAUCGCAUCCAACGCCUUGGAGUGGGGUAUCAUUUUGAUAGGGAAAUUAAGGAAAUUUUAACAACGAUUUCGAGUUCCCGGGAAUUUGGGGGCUGUGCAUACACUCGGCUCCCGAGUUCCCGGGGUCACUUAUAA